UAUAAAAAUAUAAAUUGACAUAAUAUUUCCAUGAUAUUAAAAUAAUGUUUAAAAUAUUUAAUAAUAUUCUUGGUAGGGGGGGGGAUAUUAUAUUAAUAUUAUUUUAAUUUUUAAUAAUAUUCGAGGAAUAUUGUGUACUUGUGACGAGUGUGUUACGUAGCAGUUAUAUUGGUGAGUGGGGAAAUUAUAACAAUUAUAUAACUGUAACUUGAUGUUAUCGGGACCUCUCCCGAUUUCUGCACAAACGCACUGCCGAUCGCAAUAUGCUUUCUGCCGCGUAGAUAAAACAAUCGAGAACCUUAAAAGUUCGGUAUCCUUGAGAAGAUCUCAAGUAUUUUUCUAUAAGAACUCGAAGACGCUCUUCGUGAUAAAGCUUAAGGAAAUUCGUCCUGCGUGUGUGUGUGUUUUGCGUGUAUGUAUAUCAAUCAGCCCAGAGCGAAUCGCGUAAGAAUCUACCUUGUUGAUCUUUUCCGAUGUUUAAUUGCAGUUACGCAGUUUCGGGAUUAACGAGAAUCCGUUGUUAAAUCUUGAAACUAUUCUAUGGAAAAAAAGAGAGCGCGAGAGAGUGAGAGUGAGAAAAAAGAGAGUGUAUCGUCACAAUGAUCCUCGAACCUUCGUAUUCUUCGAUCACAUAAUAGUGAUAUAUCACCCUUACAGAAAAAAAUUACAAGAAUACGAAACAAUUACUGAAGUUCUUUAAUACACUAAGAGAAAAAAUAUCUUAUAACAAAAAGAAAUUUACUUAACACAAAAAUUAAUAUUUGCUCGUCCAAAUAACUUAUUUAUUUGCAGUCAAUUUAAAUUUCUUAAUUCUGAAAUAUCUGUAUAAAUAAAAUAAAGAAAUAAUUUUUAUUCAAGUAAUUUUUUCUUGCAGUUCUAGAAAAUAUUUACUGUCACAUUAUUCUUAUAUUCAAAAUAAUUGGAUUUUUUAUCUAAAAAGAAGACAAUUUAAUUAAGUUAAAUAAUAUUAUUAGUUUAUUGGUAUCAUUUGUAUUAGUUUAAAUGCAAAAGAUGUAAAAAUGCAAAAUUAUAUACGUAAAUAUUUUUACUUAAACAGAACAAACAAAUGCUUGCAUCAAAAUAAACAGUUUUAAGAAAAUGUAAUUUUUUUUUCAUUAAAAAAAAUUUUUCAAUCAGUGUAUACACAGUAAUUUUUUCGUACUUUUGUAGAUGUUUUUUCCUUAAGGAUAUAUCGAUAUGCCCGUAGUAACAGCAACUGAUAAUUCAACAUCGUGAUAACGCGAGAUCUUUCCCGUACUGUCGUCUCUCGUUGCAAAACGACGACGAGGCGACGAUGCAGAUCGUUUCCGAUUUUUCGACGAUAUACAGACGCGAAGUCGCAGAAAUCCGAGAGGUGCAGUUUUGCGAUUACCUUGCGACAACAGGGACGAGCCGUGCUAGUUAAACGGUCGACGUUAUAUCGGCGGCUGAUUUUCAACAAUUUAUAAAGCGUUACGAGGUUGCGAGGUGCGAGCUCGCUUAUUAGACACGUUUACCGCGCACAGAUCGUUCGCGCGGUAAGGAUGUAACGGCUGUAAACGUCCUAUAAUUAAUGCGAGUCAAUACGAGAAUUCUGAGGAGGAUGCUUUUUGUAUUAUACGAGGUAACGAACGCGACAAAUACAAAAGAGACUGAGAGAGAGAGAGAGAGAGAGAGAGAGAGAGAGAGAGAGUGUGUGUGUGUGUGUGUGUGUGUGUGUGUGUGUGUGUGUGUGUGUGUGUGUGUGUGUACGAGAGAGAGAGAGAGAGAAAGCGAGUGUGAGAACGAGACUCUUCGUCGAGAAAGAGAGAAAAGAGCGAGAGAUAUUUUUUUUCGUUUUCCGAAAACGGCCGCCUCUUCUCUCGGGAGCUUCAUUCGUUAGUAUUUGCAGCUGUUUAAUUGGCAAGGUGCGAGGAGAUAGCGCGAGUAUUAACGGCGAUAAGAAGAUGCAGAAGCGCCGAUAAGAAGCGUCGAUAAGAGGAAAACGAUAAGAGAGAGAGUCGAGAGAUUUGUAAUAUUGCUGCGCCAGAUUAUAACUACUAUUAGCCGUGUAUACUUUAUUGGAAUAUAUGAAUUAUUAAUGGGGAGAAAAAGUGUCGAAAAUAAAGAGAGAGGCAAUUUAAACAUGGAAACAAAUCUUGUAGGCCUCGUUAUUUCGCGAAACCCUUUCUCUCUCAUGAGCGUUCUCCAAAGAAGAAUAUUAAAUAUAAAAUAAAUCUAUCUUUUUUUUAAGACAGAAAAAAAGGUAUUAUAGCCUGCAUCCAUUUAGAUUUUAUACAAUGACUUUGUUAAUAAUUAAUAUUUUAAAUUGAAGUGUUAUACAAUUACGUUGGUCACUGUGUUCUUUAAUACAUUUCUAGACUCGAAGUUACGAUAUAUUUGUUAUAUUUAAAAUGUAGCUGCGUGAUGGAUCGAAAAAGAACAGAAUAGGUUUGCCGGUCUUUUUUUUCGAAAUAAUAAGGCGACGGGAUGACGUCUAAAAUAAAUUGUCAUGUUUGUGAACGCGAGGUUUUCGGAACAAGAGUGUCACCCGCUUAUAUCUGACAGCGUAUUUCGCAGGCAAUAUCGAUCAAAUACCGCACGGUUCCUGCACGUAUCGCGGAGACACGCACGCGGCACUCGACCCGACGCAGGGCGGAGACGCUCAGUUGAGCAUCCUCGACGACGGCGGACGACGCGAGUCGGAAGAAAAAAAAAAUUGCAUCGCGCGGAAAAUAUGUCCGAGCUGCAAACGAACUCGUACGACUCGAGACCGGUAACGUCGACGAAGAGAUCGGAGAGGCCGCCGUUCAAGCUGUGUUUCUCGCGAAACCAGCAGAUCGGGAGAUCCGACGCUUGCAUAUCGAAAACGAACGCGGAUUUCGUCACGCCGAAAUUCUACUCGCGGGAACUCGAGGACGCGCGAAAUGCAGACGUAGGCGACACGCUCGAGAGACUCGCUAAGGAGCAAGAUAAGACCCCGAGGAGGCUAUACCAGUCGCCGUUAUUGACCAGCCACACUUACGGUUGGUGGCACGACAGGGGGAUACACCCGAAGGACACGCGACUUGACUUUCACAAGAGAACGUCAGACCUGGUGAGCUUCCAGAUGAAAAUCUACGCCGAGGAUCGAAAGCUGAAAGGCCUCAAACAAUAAACUGCAUUGAACUUGCUUCAAUUUAGUGUUUAUCACGCACGUACCCUAACAGCACGAGAUAUCAAACGAAUAUUGUGAUAACUUUACAAAUAUCACGAUACUGUGCGAAUGUUCGUACGAUAUCUAGAAUAUUCUAGAAUAUUCCUACGAUAUCUUGUGCUGUUAGAGUACUAUUGAUAUGCAAUAACAGUAAUAAUUUAAUGGUAAUCAUUUAAUAAAUCGAGAUACGUAUUCUGAUUAUCGUAACGAUCUAUUCAAUUUUAAUCUUUUAUCCGAUAUUUGAUAAUUUUUUUAUAUUAUAAGGUAUAUACCGUUGUAUUGCAAAAGGCGUAUACGUGUAAGUAGGCAUGAUGUAUUCGAAUAUCCGCAGUGCGUUGAGUUCGAAUCCGUGAGUUCGCUAUAAAUUCAAUUCUUUAUUAUUGUAUGUAUUGUAAAUAACUCGCGUUCACUUAACACGAGGCACUGCCGUGUUUCUUGAUAAAAUUACCUACAUGAAGAAUUGGAUUUAUCUUAUCUUUAUCUGGAUUAUUAGAAUGUAUCCAUCUUUAUUGUAUCCAUCUUUAUUUUAGAUAAAAGAAGUAUUAUAUCUCUUACAAAUUAUUUAAGUUCAUGUAAACAACAAGUAUGAGGUAUUAUCUUUAGCUUCAACCUCUAAAUUAGUCAUCUAGAAAAAUAACAAGAAAAUUUUUUGAAAUGAUAACAACAUAAGGUAAUGUUUAUUGCUCCAAAACCAAGUUCGAAUAUUUUUAUAAGAAACUUUGUC